AACAGGUUCGUUCAGCACGCAGGAUGCUAGCGGAUAUCCCUCCGUCAUUUCCACGGAUUAGGGCAAAACAGUGAAAAUUAAAAUGAUUUUUGUCAUAAUUCUGAAUUUGUUCCUUAGAAUAGAAAUGUAACAAAGUCGAUAUAUUAUAUAAAAAUACGCAUAAAGCCGUUACAUUUCCUCUCAUUAACCAAUGGCCCGCUGUCUUGUGUUCUUGCAGGUGAAUGUAGGCUGAUAAAAAAUCCUGGUCAACAUCCUGCUUGUACCUUAAAGUCUAGCGUUUACUCCUCAUCCACAGUGAUGUCAUGAACUGCGACAUUUUAUAGUGAAACGGCUCUGUGACGUCAUGCAUUCGGACCAGGAAGUGACUCCUCUUAACGUGGAACCAUCUUCGGCUGCACAUUACGUCGGCGCCUAAAUGACAUUUGCUGAGCUUGCUACUAACCCGUUUACUUUUGUAACUUUGUUUCAAAGGAAGAGAAGUUAAAACAUGAAAACAGUUGAUAUUAGCUCUAAAUGUCGCUGAUUAAACUAAAAGAACAGAGCUUUAUUCGACAGGAAGCGUUGCUGUCAAAUAAGCAUGAGGACUUUAAAGCCCUUCUUUUGCCUUUCCAAACACUGGGCUCUUCUCAGGUGGCUCAGCAAACCCAGAACCUGUUCUAAUGCUGCCAGAACCCCAGCCAGUUCCGGAGAGAGGAGGAAGGUUGUCUCCGACAGCUUCAGGAGCCAGAUAGCCUCCGGUCCGCGUUUUCAGGAUUUCAUUAAAGGGGUUUCAGUGACUCUGCCUGCAGAUGGCGAACACACCGAGGAACCUGGUUAUCUUCCUGAAGACCUGUGGAUGGUGGCGGACUCAAGGAAAGUGUAUUUUGAAACCUAUGGAUGUCAGAUGAAUGUGAAGGACACAGAGAUAGCCUGGUCCAUACUUCAGAAGAAAGGCUAUCAACGCACAGCUGAUUUGAAACAGGCAGAUGUUGUCCUCUUGGUGACCUGCUCCAUAAGAGAAAAGGCUGAACAAACAAUUUGGAACCGACUCCAGCAACUUACAGCUAUGAAGAAGAAACGAUUAAAGACCAACUCACCAAUGAAAAUAGGCAUUUUGGGCUGCAUGGCAGAGAGGCUGAAGAUGGAGCUCUUGGACCGGGAGAAGCUGGUGGAUGUUCUUGCAGGCCCAGAUGCUUACCGGGACCUUCCUCGACUUUUAACAGUUGCUGAUGGAGGUCAACAGGCGAGCAACGUGCUGCUGUCUCUAGAGGAGACCUACGCAGACAUCAUGCCCGUUCAGCAUGCUGCUCAGGGACACAGUGCUUUUGUCUCCAUCAUGCGAGGCUGUGACAAUAUGUGCAGUUACUGCAUCGUUCCCUUCACCAGAGGUAGAGAGAGGAGCCGACCCAUCAGCUCUAUCCUGGAAGAAGUUCAGAUGCUCUCUGACCAGGGUGUGAAAGAGGUGACGUUGCUGGGUCAGAAUGUGAACAGCUACAGGGAGAUUUCAGAAGAACAGUUCUAUAGCUCAGAGCUGACAAAGCUCAGCCGCGGCUUCAAUACCAUCUACCAAACUAAACAGGGAGGUCUGCGCUUCUCCGAUCUGCUCGACCAAGUGUCGCGUGUUGAUCCCGACAUGAGGAUCAGGUUCACUUCUCCUCAUCCAAAGGAUUUUCCUGAUGAGGUUCUCCACCUGAUUGCAGAGCGACAGAACAUCUGUAAGCAGAUCCACCUUCCAGCACAGAGCGGGAGCAAUCAGGUCCUAAAGGCCAUGCGCCGUGGUUACACCAGAGAGGCCUACCUUGAUCUGGUGUACAAUAUAAAGCGAAUCAUCCCAGACGUGAGUCUCAGCAGCGACUUCAUCUCAGGCUUCUGUGGUGAAACGGAGGACGACCACCAGCAAACUCUUUCCCUAAUCAGAGAGGUGGGUUACAAUGCGGGCUUCCUGUUUGCCUACAGCAUGCGAAAGACACACGCCUUCCAUCGGCUACAGGAUGACGUGGCGCCACAGGUGAAGCAGCGGCGGCUGGAAGAGUGCAUCAGUGUUUUCAGAGCUGAAGCUGAGAGGGUCAACGCUGCUGCAAUUGGCAGCAUGCAGCUUGUGCUGGUGGAGGGAGUGAGUACAGCACACAUCAUCGGCACACGGGGCUCGACGGCGUCAAAAGGAGCCGGGACCUCUCAAAUACCUGAGGGAGGGCGGGGUUCGGAAAGUAAAAGGUCUGCAGAUGAUCUGUGUGGGAGAACUGAUGGGAACAUGAAAGUGAUUUUCCCCAAAGAAGAUGUUGCCGUUCAGGCCUCUGCAUCCAACACUGUACCGGUCUGUGCUGGAGACUAUGUGCUGGUGAAGAUCCUGUCAGCCAGCUCUCAGAGCCUGAGGGGCCGGGCCCUCACUCACAGCUCCUUGAGAAGACAGCCGUGAUGGAUACAUGUGAUGCUGCAUUCUGUUAUGUGGUUUUGAAAACACAACCUGGAUAAACUGUCGGCUGUAAAUCACUCUUAAAAGUUCAGCUUCAUAAGUGUUUAAUGUCCAGACCAGAUGUAUGUAUGUUACUAAAAUCCAGUUUGUUUAUAACACUUGACUGUCACUGAUUUAUUAAAUUUUUUUCCCUGGA